CACUUUACACGUGUGGAAGGGAUAGAAACAGAUAAGGGGGUUCUCGUUACAUUUCCGGUGUUCCGAAUUUCCAUGUGUCGCACCCACUGAAGUGAAGUGGAGUCCCUAUUCUCUCUCUUCCAUGGCUUCCCAAGUUCUUCUUCAGCAGCCACUGUUUGCUCCCAAGCUGAGUUUUCCCUCUUCUUCCUCUUCCCCUCGUAACGUGGCGUUAAUUUCUAGGGUUCCUUCCACCGCAAUUUCACGGCGUUGCGCUCCCCUUAUUGCCAAGCCGAGAUUCGUUGCGAGAGCUGACUCCAACCUCGAAGGCGGUGCUGAAGCCGCCGAAGCUGUUCCCGAAGCCGAAGCCGAAGCCGAAGCGGAACAAGUUUCGGAUUCUGAACCCCCGGAAUUGCCCAGAAAACCCCGUGUCAAGCUCGGAGACGUUAUGGGGAUAUUGAAUCAGAGGGCAAUUGAGGCAUCGGAGAAGGAGAGGCCAACUCCAGACAUUAGGACUGGGGAUAUUGUGGAAAUCAAAUUGGAGGUUCCUGAGAACAAGCGUAGGUUGUCCAUUUAUAAAGGGAUUGUUAUCUCAAAACAAAAUGCUGGUAUUCACACAACUAUUCGAAUCCGAAGAAUCAUUGCCGGCACUGGGGUUGAGAUUGUCUUCCCAAUUUACUCACCAAACAUCAAAGAAAUCAAAGUGGUAAGCCACCGUAAGGUAAGAAGGGCAAGAUUGUACUAUCUGAGAGACAAACUUCCGAGAUUAUCCACUUUCAAAUGAUAACUCGGAUGCCCACUUUUCCUCACGUUCAUCUUCGAUGUAGCAUGCUGAUCCAUGAUGAGUGCUGCGGGGCUUUGAUUUUAUCAUUUCAAUUUGUUCUGUUGUAGAAUAUAUCAUUUUUCUUCCCCUUAUGUAUCUUCCCUGAAAGUGUACUGAACCUUGAUAGUAUUGAGAAAUUUGAAUUGUUUCUUCUGCAUCA